GCAAGGCAACACUGGUGCAGAUGUGCUAGAACUUUAAGAAACGCCGUCCGUAGUGAUGAAAGAAGAGUUUCGAAAAAGAAUACAGUUUCGAAAAGCUUCCAUUGUCAUAAAUUGGCAAGGAGCAAAGGAUAUAUACUGAAAAGUAGCCUGCUGGAAACAUCCGCAGUGUAUUUUUGAAAAAGUGAUGAAAAACAUAAGGAAAAAUGUUCAAUAUCGCAAACUAAACGCCGGACCACUUGAGUCUGCAAACUACAUUCUUUUCGCCAACUAAAAGAUAAGUCUCCAAGAUAAGACCCGUGCAACGUGAGCAAAGUGAGAAUGCCAUCCAAGCAGGCUAUGCUAAUGGCAAACACCAGUAGUAUUGUCGGUUCCGUUCCAAACUGUACCAAGAAAGCGCGCCAAGCGCGCCAAGUGCCCCAACAACAACUGCCUGCUGCGAUCUGUGAAAGCCAGUGAAUUUUUGUUCGUAAACUCUCGGUGUGAUAGUGUCAAACGGGAAACGGCACAAAAAAUAAUAACUAAAAGCACAAACGUUUAAAUUUUUUUGCGGCAGAUUUUUGCCCACUUGGUUUAGUGAAUCAAAGAAAUAAAAAGAAGAAGAAGGUGCCUCAAGAAGACCAAAUAAAAACAAAACAAGCGGAAAAAUGUGGUCUCCUGAAUCGGAAAUCAACUCAAUUGCCUUCACAACAAUGCGGCACUCGGUGUCCGCUUCGUCUGGAAUAUCGACCCUGUCCAGCUGCGGUGACCCGGAACGGCUGCCCGAGCUUCCGCCCGGGGACGAGCAGCGGCUGCAGCGGGCCGCCCUCAAUCUCCAGCAGAAGCUGAUCCUGCGCGAAUGGCUCAAGGAGCACCGGCUGCAGCACUUUUACUCGAGAUUGGUCUCCAUCGAGGUCACCUCGCUCGAGGACGUGUACUGGCUGGAGGACUCCCGCGCCAGCCAAAUCCUCGGCAAAGACUGGCAGGUAUGGUCCGCGGCGCGCCAAAAACUGCCCACCUCCAAGUCCAACCUGGAGGCGCUCAAAGCGGACCUCUGGUCAACGGUGGUCAAAUCCAGCCAACACCAGGACGCCUGGACAUGGGGCGGGAUGCUGGUCGUGUCGGUGUCCGUGGCUGGGUUGGUCACGUUGGCCGCUAUGACACAACCCUCGUUGGCACCGGAAGCUAGGCACUCGCUGCUGCAGUACGUAACGGGAAAGUAUUUGCUGCCGGCGAACUGCAAGGUCCACUGGGACUGGCAAGAUCCGGCGAUCGUGGGUGGGACCAUGUGCUUUACGGUGCGAUUUCACCAGCGGAAUGGGCAGGCUUACCCGAUCUGUGAUACGGACCAGUUCUUUGUGGAAGUGACCGAGGGUACGAGGAAGAUCAUCACGAUCAGUGAGUUGGGGUCACCGACUGACCCGAAUAAUGCCAACAUUGCCAAGAUCAAGUUUACCGUCCGAACGGCGGGUCAGUACAAGAUUUCUGUGUUGAUCGGUCAGAGUCACAUCGCUGGGAGUCCGUUUGUGAAGACGUUCAUUCCGGGUCCUAUGGACGCGAGGCGAUCGCGGUUGAUCCGACCUGCGAGUACGGUGGUCUGCUGUGCUGGUGCUCCGACAUUUCUUCACAUUGAACCAAGGGACGAGCACGGGAACACGUGUCAGUUCACGCAGGACAGCGAUCCAAUCAAGGGUUACAAGAUCGACAUCUUUGAUUUGUACGGGAAGUUGAGCGACAAGUACUGCAACGCGAUCACACUGUCUUAUGACAAGGUCAACGCGAGGAUCAGCUUGACGGCGCUCUUCCCGGAACCGGUUUGCCUGCGGGCGGUCAUCAGCUACGAAGGUCACCCGAUCCCGAACGGGGACUUUGACAUCAUCGUGCUGAGCAGCAGCGAUACGACGCUCGUCCACAAGAACAUCGCCUCCAGGAAGCACAACAUUUGCUACGAGGCCAAACUGUUUGGCAUCUACGGCCAGCAGCGAUGGUCCAAGCCGCGGAAGGUGCUCUGUUACGUCGGGCCCAAGCAGGUCACCAUCAAGGAGAUGAUCCUCAAAAUCAUCCCGAAGCGAAUCGCCACCUUCCGGCUGUGUCCGUCCACAAAGUUCCAGUUCCUGCCGCCUCCGGCGGGCACCAACGUUCCGGUCAGCAACAACAACAACAACGGCAACGGUCACGGCGCGAUCUUCAUCAUCGACGACGGCUGCCAGCCCAAGAUCGAGCUGGCGUCCAAGGAGCGCAACGUGAUCGCGGCCACUUUUACGCACUUUCUGCUCAAAAACAUUGGCGGCUCGGAGACGUUCAAGGACAAGCAGGACUUUUUCUACCACGAAGUGAGACUCGUUCGCAAGUUUCACUCCAACUACUACCACGAGAAGAUCGCUGUCAAGGUGACGCGCGAGAAGAUCCUCGAGUCCAGCAUGAAGGCCACCAAGCACUUUUCCGUGUCGGAUUGGUGCGGUAACUUUGAGGUCACAUUCCAGGGCGAGCAAGGUAUCGAUUGGGGUGGUCUGCGGCGCGAGUGGUUCGAGCUGAUCUGCAGUGCCCUGUUCGAUCCGCGCGGUGGCCUCUUCUGUACAUUCCACGACAAAAGACAAGCCCUCGUACAUCCGAACCCGAACCGGCCGCCCCAUCUCAAGCUGAAGCACUUUGAGUUUGCCGGCAAGGUUGUCGGCAAGUGCCUGUACGAGAGUGCCCUCGGCGGAACCUACCGGCAGCUGGUCCGAGCGCGGUUCUCCCGAUCCUUCCUCGCCCAGCUGAUCGGCCUUCGGGUGCACUACAAGUACUUCGAGCAGGACGAUCCCGACCUGUACCUGUCCAAGAUCAAGUACAUUCUGGACACCGACCUGGACACCAGCGACAACCUGGAACUGUACUUUGUGGAGGAGAUCUACGACACCAGCGGUCAGCUCGUCAAAACCGUCGAACUCAUCCCGAACGGGGCCAAAACGAGGGUCACGAACGCCACCAAGAACCAAUAUCUGGAUGCCUUGGCGCAGCAGCGGCUGUGCAACAACGUGCGCGAGGAGAUCGACAGCUUCCUCAAGGGACUCAACGGGAUCAUUCCGGACAACCUGUUGAGCAUCUUUGACGAGAACGAGCUAGAGCUCCUCCUGUGUGGAACGGGCGAGUACUCGAUCGCGGACUUCCGGGCGAACCACAUCGUCAACGGGGGGUCGCCCGAGUUUCGGCGCGUGCUUGGCUGGUUCUGGGCGGCCGUGGGAAACUUUUCGCAGACGGAAAUGGCCCGACUGCUGCAGUUUACGACCGGGUGUUCGCAACUGCCGCCAGGAGGGUUUCAGGAAUUGAAUCCGAGGUUCCAAAUAACGGCAGCGCCAACGUUUGGAAAUUUGCCAACGGCACACACGUGCUUCAACCAACUCUGCCUGCCCGACUACGAGAGCUACGAACAGUUUGAGCGAGCACUCGUGUUCGCCACCAGCGAGGGCACCGAGGGCUUCGGAAUGGUGUAAAAAAGCCGCAUCAAUGAUCUUUGUUGUUGAAGAAAGAGUUCCAAUUGUCACAAGAAAGCACAAACUUUUGAAGCAAAUUUGUUGAAAAACCAUGAAAAGACCAAAACUAUUUCAUACGCAGACAAGAGAAAACAUAUUUGUCAAUUCCGUAACAUUUGUCCAACAAUUCUCCCAGUUGAAAGGGAAGAACAGAAAUCUACUAACCGAAAACUAAUUUGUCAUCCGUAGCAUUUGCCCCCUCUCCAGAGUAGGUAACUAGACAACAUUUUCCAAGUUUUAUCCAUCAUACCCUAAUAAAAGCCUUCUUCGAAAAAAAGAACAAAAAAAUAGAUUUGCCUAGCUGCAGUUUCACACAAACACACACAACCCUCAUUAGUUUUUGACGAGGAGGCACAAAACCGUCAUCGGUUUUUGAAAAUGUUGUGCCAAAAAUGACAUAAAUCGUGUAGUGAAUUAUCUCGUAGUAAAGUUGUGAUGCCAGCAGUUUUCCCCCCAAAUCCCUCCCAGCGCGCGCGUAAUUGUUUAAAAUAGUGCCAAAUGAACAGAAGAAAGCGAGAUCUCAUUCAAAUUUGAAAAAUGCGCCUUAACAAAAUGAAAUUGUAGGGAUGUUUAGAAAUUACCAAUUUAAUAAAAAGUAACAACUUUGAUAAAAACAAGUACAGCAAUGUGUGUUGAAUUGUGUAGAAGUAAAUUUAACAAAAAGCAGCAUGUAAGUUAUACUAGUAGCAAUGAAAAAUAAUACAAACAUGUGAUUCGUAGCCGAUUAGGAGCAGUGCAGCGCGUUUAGUAGAAUCAACCGUUAUUGACUCAUCGAAAAAAAAACUCACUCGAAACGUAUCAGCCAUCGCGGGAAGCCAUAAUUGAACCGAAUGUUACAAAGCGUUAGAAAGCUUAGUAUUCUACAUAUACGGAAUAUAUACUGUCCAUUUUAUUUUAUCUUUGAAUUUCAAUCUACAAAACGAGAGAAAACGGUUGAGCAAAGAGCCCUAACAAUUCAUUCCAAAAAGAAUAACAACAAACUUGUAAUAAUUACUAACAAAUAGAAUCCGAAACAAAACACACAAAAAUAUAACUCUGAUUCUGUGAUAAUUCAAGCAAGCUACAAAAAAAGCCAUCAAAAGUUUAUGUUCCAAGAGUUAAACCUCGAUCGCAGCAAGCGUUGAGAACAAAGGUGUCGCUAGUUGAGUUGGGAUAGGCAAAAGCUCCCCCUCGCCUACUAUGCAUGCGCGAUAAAAUUGUAGCGUUUGUUCGUUUGGUCGAAAGCUUUCAGACAUUGCGAAAAAGAGAGGAGAAAAAAGCUUCCAGUGUUUCAGUUUUGCAGGCAAGCCGCCUACUAAGUUAGAAACGAAACGCGUUCGAUUUCCUUGUUUAGAAAUGUUAUCAUUGAAAAUUUGCUAGGUAAGUUAGCUACAAAAACAGUUUCCUGAACCCGAUUUAGUCUGCUGAAACCAAUGAGUAUUAUUCCAUGAGCGAUUCAAACGUACAGCUAUUUGAAAUACUAAAGAUGAAAAUACAACCAAAUAAACAAACCCAUUUAUUAUUCCUCAGUAAUAAA